AUGGCGACGAGCAAAGAGGUUGAUGCUCACUUCAUCGUCAAGCACCAAUCUUGCUCUCCUAGCUUCGAUCUACCAGGGGGUAAGUACAUUGAGGGCGACAACGUGACGAUAGGCUGCGAUGGACCUUAUGACACGAUCUACUACACUCUUGAUGGAUCGGAGCCAACGACAUCGUCGUCGACGUAUAAGGAUGGAAUCAUCUUGUCCGUUAUCGGGAACAUGCAGAUCAAGGCUUUCUCCGUCACUGAGAACAUGCUCGACUCCGACGUCUCCUCCUCACCCACCUAUGACGUCCAUCCGGACCCAAGGUGCAAAGCAGGAGAGUAUGAGCCUGGAACAGGAAUGGGGAGGUCUACGAUCCCACGAUGGAGCCUGGCGGCCAGGAACUGCACCAAGUGUCCCGCAGGCGGAACAAGUUUACCUCAGAGCAAAGGCAUCUUCUCCUGCAAGGCUGACGUCGGCUAUACCGGGCCAGACGGGGGUCCCUUCGAGCCUUGCCCUGUCGGGUCCUACAAGGACAGUACAGGAUCAGCUGGGAUGUGCCAGGCCUGUCCAGAACUCUCGAGCACCCUCAGCAGCGCCAGCGGUUCUGCCCUGGACUGCAAGGCGGUACCAGGGGCGGAAGGGCCGGACGGAGGGCCGUUCAGGCAGUGUCCGGUGGGGACCUGGUCGGACAAGAUGGGUAUGGUGAAGUGCAUACCCUGCCCUCCUGGCGGCACGACCCUGUCGCCCGGCAAGCACAAGUACGAAGACUGUAUCGCGCUGCCUGGUUGGACCAACGAGAAGGACUGGUCGCAGGGCCCCUUCAAGAAGUGUGCAGUCGGAAGCUACAAGUCGCUCUAUGGGCCCUACCCUUGCAAGCUCUGCCCCUUCUGCAGCACUACGGAGGAGGAGGGGGCGACCAAGAUCAAGCUCUGCGUCGCUGACAUCGGAUGCGAGGGCAAGGGGUUCGGAUGGGAGCUCGGCUUCACCAAGUGCAAGCACGGUUUCUUCAAGAAGACUGUGGGGAACGGAGAUUGCCCGCCAUGCCAACCAGGGCAGAAGGACGGGGCCUGCGGCGGAGUGUUCACAGAGGUUGACACGAAAGAGGUGGCCGCCAAGAAAAGCUAA